CAGCUGAAUGAAAGAAUGUCGACUGUCCUUUUCAACACAGAGAGACGCAGGAUACAGCCACAACACUCAUACUGAGGAUACACACAUGUGGAUUAGUUUUUAAUCAUCUUGGUGUGUUUUCAAAGGAAGAAAUGUCCAGAAACAUGGAGGCUAAAGCAGCUGUGCUCUCUGAAGUCUCCAACAAUACAGCUAAACAAAUGAGUCAUGUUGAGGAACCUACACAGGAAAGGGAGCAGAAAGUGCCGGAAAUAUCUCUCCAAAAGGACGAUGUGACUGAUGAUGGUGAACAAGAAGACCAAAAAGACAAAAACACGAGGAUGAAAGACCUGCGUCAAACAAGUCAGAGAGAUAUAAGAUCCAUAAGCCCACUGAGUUUCAUCAAGGAGGACUUGAGCCAGUUUAAGGAAGAAGUGUUGAAAGUGUUCAGGGACAAGGACACAAACCCAUCAAGUCAGGCAGAAAAUAAACCUGCCAUUAGUACGCUCAACCUCCUGAAAGAGGACUUGAGCCAGUUUAAAGAAGAUGUGACCAGCGUCUUCAGUUUGUUGAAAGAGACCAAGUCCACAGAUACUAAAACAAGUCAGUCAGCAGAGAAGACCAUCAACCGUCUGAGCUUUCUUCAUUUUAAAGACGACCUUUCUAGCGUCUUCAGAAUGGGUCCUUCAAAGGAGAGGGACAACAAGGCCAAGGAAGAUUCAUCCAACACCUUUAAAAUAACAGCAGAAAGCCUUUUCAGAAGAGACCAAAAGACGUUGGUCCUAAAAGCAGAGAACUCUGAGGAAGUUAAAAAGGUAUUCUCAGAGAAGGAGGAGAAACAAAUGGAUGCUGGCUUUAGGGGAAACCUCUCAGAGUCCAUCGAAGAGACAGUCAGAGGAGAGAACGUCUCAGAAAACAUGAAGGACAGGAUGCACGAAGUGGAGGACAGUGAAGGGCAUAUAACUUCCUCUGAUGACAAAAGUAUUUCUGAAACACUUCACACUGAGGAGACGGUUCCUACACCACAGAAAGUUACAAAAAUGACAACUCAACUACAGUGUCAUCAGAAGACGAGAGGAUAAAGGGGAACGAAGUAAAAGAGGAAGAAGAAGAAGAAGAAGAACAACAACAACGACAACAAGG